AUGGACAAAACGAGCAGAAAGAGAUCGUCCACCUCCGGCGAUUUUGUCUAUGACCACGUUAAAGCUGUCGUUCUUGAAUUUGCCGAUGUUAUGGUCGCCUUCAAUCAUGUUAAAGAUCAAAUCCAUGAUUACGUGAAGGGCAAUGUGUCCGAGUAUCUGAAGGAAAACUUCGAAAAGGAUGAAAUAAAAUCGUUUGUCGAUUCUUUCAGAAAGGAGACUGGAGAGGGUCUGGUUGCAAUUCCAGAAAGUGGCGAAGAUGAGAUUCUGAAAGCUGUUGUGGAUAAUUUCUUGACUGUGUUGGGCAAAUCAUGUGAUCACCAUCAUAAAAUUAAUGUGGUUGUGGCAUUGUUGGUGAAGAAGGCUAUUGAAAAAAAGGAAUUCCAUGAGGAUGUGCAUAGCUCCAUUAAACAGUGGGCGGAAAAAAAGGUGAAGGUUGUGGUGCUGGCCCCAUGCUCGUGUGAUGUAAUUAAAUCACUGCUGAUCAGUGGAGGGGUAUCUGAGAGUGAUGUGACAGUUGAGAGUCUGGGUGAAGAUCCACGUUCUGUCAAAGAAUCUUAUGUGAAAUUGGCAGACAAGAUUCAAUUGUCGCCAUCAGAUGUUCUCUUUAUUACUACAUCUCCUCAUGAGGCUACUGCCAGUUCAGCAGCUGGGUUGCUGGUGGUUUUGGUAAAGAUGGCCAGUGCUGAUAAAUGUUGUGAGGAAGAAGGCCAGGAUGCUUUCCGUGUGGUUCACAAUCUGAAAGAUGUCUUCAAGAUUUCUUAUUCUGAUGUGAUACCCCACAAAAUCAGUCGCAAUGAAGCAGUUGAGGAGGUAGCCAAGAGUUGA